AUGUAGGCUGAGCAGAUGACAGAAGAUCAAAUAGCUGAGUUUAAAGAAGCUUUUAGUUUAUUUGACAAAAAUGGAGACGGUACGAUUUCAUCGAAGGAGCUUGGAAUAGUAAUGAGAGCUCUAGGACAGAACCCUACAGAGGCGGAACUUACGGAUAUGAUCAACGAAGUAGAUGCUGACGGAAAUGGCACGGUCGAUUUCCCAGAAUUCCUAACAAUGAUGUCCCGGAAGUUGAAGGAUAUUGAGAGUGAGGACGAAUUACAUGAAGCAUUCAAAAUAUUUGAUAAGGAUGGUAACGGCUUUAUCAGUGCUUCAGAAUUACGUCACGUGAUGACAAAUCUCGGGGAAAAAUUAAGUGACGAGGAGGUUGACGAGAUGAUACGAGAAGCGGACUUAGAUGGAGAUGGACAAGUUAAUUAUGAAGAAUUUGUCAAGAUGAUGACGAAGUUUCGAGAAGCAUUCAGUUUGUUUGAUAAAGAUGGUGACGGUACAAUCACUGCGGAUGAAUUAGGAACGGUGAUGCGGUCGUUGGGACAGAGACCAACUGAAGAAGAACUUAAAAAGAUGAUGGCUGAAAUAGACGUAGACAAGAAUGGAACAAUAGACUUCCAGGAGUUCCUUACUAUGAUGGCAAGCCAAAAAAUAGACAGUGAAGAGGACGCAGAUCUCAAAGAAGCAUUCAGGGUUUUUGACAAACACAAGCACGGGGCAAUUGGUGAAGAUGAUCUAAGAAGCGUUAUGAGUGAUCUUGGAGAAAAACUAACUGACGAAGAGAUUGCAGAAAUGAUUAAAGAAGCUGAUGUUAAUGGUGAUGGACAAAUCAGUUUUGACGCGUACUGUAGUCGCACUGCAGCUCACGAUAUGGAAGCUUCCGUAAAUUACAUGGAUAAAGUUUGGAAGUUAACAUUUACACUAAAUGCUGAGUCACUGAGCGAGGAACAAAUACACGAAUUUCGAGAGGCAUUCAGUUUGUUUGACAAGGAUGGUGAUGGAACUAUCACAACCAAGGAACUUGGUGUGGUCAUGAGGUCUUUAGGACAGAAACCAACAGAAAAUGAGCUCAAGGACAUGAUAAACGAGGUUGACUUAGACGGAAACGGGACGAUAGACUUUAAAGAAUUCCUGACAAUGAUGGCGAAUAAAAUGAAAGAGGGAGACCAGGACGAAGAGUUGAGGGAGGCUUUUAGGGUGUUCGAUAAGGAUGGUAAUGGGUCUAUUAGUGCAGCAGAACUGAAGUUUGUAAUGGCAAAUCUUGGAGAAAAUUUAACGGAUGAAGAAGUCGAUGAAAUGAUUAAAGAAGCUGAUUUGGAUGGGGAUGGUCAAGUAAACUUUGAAGAAUUUGUGUAUAUGAUGCAGUCUAAUAAAUAGCAGAGAGUUAACUAAGAUAUUAAAAAAGAAUUACAUAUUCCAGUCAUGAAGGUUACAUGCUGUGUACAGUGUUUAGUCCAGCUCAUUGCCAACAGCUGACAUAUUAUUCAUGGUGAGAAACCACGCAAGGAUUUCUGGACCAACUUCAUUUGCAUUAUCACUUGUACUUAUCUAUGUGAGAUUUAAUUGCAUAUUUUACGGCGUAUGAAAAUGUUUAUAAAUUGAUAUAUGAAAUGUAUGUUCGAAGUGUCUUGUAUAACUUGGGAUCUCGUUGAAUUGAUGUGAUAAAAAAUAUUUGUAUUAUAGCUUGUCUGUUAGAUACUGAGAUCUUUUAUACCAAGUACAAUGUUUUUAAAUUGUAUAUAACUUUGUGUGUGUUUGAUAUUACUUGACCCUGUAUUUGAUCAGAUUCUAAAUAAAAUGACAAUUACCGCAAUGCUAGGCAAUGUUUAAGAAUGAACGUUUUUGUUCCUGCAAUGUAAGGAGUGGGUUAAGACUAUUCAUGUUAUUCUUAUAUACAUUUUCGCAAGAUAGAUAUUAAAAUUUAUCAAGGUGUGAAAUGUUUCUUUUUGUUAUAAAAUAAAUGUUUCGGAACGUA